UACUCGAGACGUAACCAGAGCUUCUUCGAACUUCCAAUUUUGACUUUCAUUUUUGACUCCUUGGUGAUACAGAAAAAAUUUUUUUUUAAUUUCGCCCAUCCCAGACCUACACUCAUUAUUUUUCCCUGUAAACAGUCCAUUUCUAAAUUUUUAUUAUUAUUUUUUCAGGAUUUAAUUUAUUCCUUUAAAUGGAUUUUGUCCAAUCUAUCGACUCUUCUUCCCGAGUAAUCCCUUCAUCUUCCGCAUUUUACAAUAAUGUUACUUCCUCUUCCACAACCAAAACCCAAACAAAUGAACAACAACGUUUGGGGGGUUCCCUUAGAAGACUCAAAACUGUUUUGGUUAUUGACAAAAAAGUACAAAAAUUUCUCAAAGUUCGAGAAAUGGCUUGUCAGGAUAUUGAGGCAGUCUCUGCUGCUUUGAACGUUAAUUUACAGUUAAUCGAUUUUGACCGAUUAGAUUUUGGAGAGUCUUCAACACUCGACAAUUUUUAUAAUGCAGACAUUGCAUUGAUUGAUUUUUCGAUAACUCAUCAACAGCCGAGCCUUUGCUACCACGUCGGUGUUCGAGAGUCAAUGGGACAAACCUAUAAUAUAAUAAUUAUGUGUUGUUCACCACCUGAUAUUCCUGAUGAUCAAAAAUGUGAAAUGCAGAUUGAAGCCUUAAAGAGAACUUUAACACAAUGUUCUUUAAUUGUCUAUUUUCUUGCCAAAGAGGACGGUGGCUCAACAUUACCCCCAGUUUUACUUUCCGCUGAUCGUUCUUCAAAAUUGGGAUGUUUUGAACGUCACGAAUUAAAAUAUCAAAAAAUGUUGAAAAAAGGACGGAGCGAUUCUUUUGGAACUUUUGCUGAUCGAAUAAAGCAAGUAUUAAAUAAUGUGACAAUUGAAGCUAAUGCCCAUGCUAGAGAAAAAUUUCUCAGUGAUUUACGCAAAGUUAGAGAUAUUGAUUCGCAUAGAGAACAAUGCAAAUUUCUUGAAAGAAUGAGGACGAGGCUGGAUAAUCCUGAUGUUCUUUCUGUUGAUACUGUUCAUCAAUUCCUUCUUUGUUUGCGUGAUACACAAGACUAUGAUGGAAUUAUAGGUAUGAUAGAUGAUUUGGAGCGUAUUGACCAGAAACAAAUAACACAUGCACAGGCUGUCCGUUUUCUUUAUGCAUUUGCUUUAAAUAGAAGAAAUAAAAAUGGGGAUCGUGAUAAGGCACUUACAACAGUUGAACAAAUUAUGGACUCUUCUGGUAAUCAAAUGGUCUCGCCUGAUGUAAUUUGUCUGGCUGGCCGUGUCUACAAAGAUAAAUUUAUUUCUAGUGGUUAUGAAGAUAAACAGGCGUUGGAUAAAGCAAUCGAAUGGUAUCGAAAGGCUUUCAAUCUUUCUCCGCUGGAAUAUAGUGGAAUUAAUUUAACAACAAUGCUUCGAGCACGUGGUGAAACCUUUGAGAAUUCUCCAGAGUUGCAACAAAUCGGUCUAGUUUUGAAUAGCCUACUUGGCCGUAAAGGAGCACUUGCUAAUUUGACAGAUUAUUGGGAUGUUGCUACAUUUUUUGAAGUGUCAGUAUUAGCAGAGGAUUACAAUAAGGCCUGCCAGGCAGCUGAGAAAAUGGCUAUGUUGAAGCCCCCUGUUUGGUUUCUCAAAUCUACAAUGGAAAAUAUUAAAUUAAUUAAUCGUUGUACUGCUACAUUGCAACUUUCACCAGUUGAACGUGACAAAAAGACAUUUCUUUUUUGGACAGAAUUUUUUAUGGAAGCAAUAGAUUCUCAAAAACCUCCAAUAAAUCAAUCCAAAAAACGUGAAAAUGUAGAUACAGAUGAUAAUGAGGAAGAGGAUGAUGAUGAAGCGACAGAAGAAGAAUUAGUUUCUACAAGUACUCGUUUCCCUGUUCUUAUUCAGGAAUUGAACAAAACGUUGACUCCAAGCUAUUUGAAUGUUAAUAGGGAUAAUAUCAUUCUCUACCACGUACUAAAAGAAAGUCAGAAAAAGCGUGAAGAUCUUAAUUUAACUGAUGGUGUUCAUCGUUGGGAAUUUAAAGCGAAUAAUAUAAAAGCUGUUAGUGCAUCAAAACGUGACGAUAGAUCAAUGUUUUUGUAUGUUUAUGAAAAUUCUGAUGAUUUUAAUUUAACUUUUCCAUCUGCAAUUCACUGUCAAAGAAUGAUAACUCAAAUUCUUGCAAUGGAUGGUGGGGCUGAACGUAAUAUUCUUGCAAGUGUCGAAACUGAUUCACUCAAAUUUGAAUAUGAAGUUGACAGUAAUCGUGAAAAAAUUGUUUUGGGACGAGGAACUUAUGGAAUUGUUUAUGCAGCAAGAGAUGUAACAUCUCAACGGUCUAUAGUUGUUAAAGAAAUUGAAGUGAAAAAUGAAGAAGAGGUGCAGCCUCUUAUGGAAGAAAUACAGUUACAUUCUACUUUGUCUCAUGACAAUAUUGUCAAGUAUUUGGGGUCAAAAUUGGAUAAACGUGAAUCUGGAAGUUUUUUUCUCAUUUUUAUGGAGCAAGUUCCUGGAGGCAGUCUAAGUUCGCUAAUUCGCUCAAAAUGGGGUCCUCUUGAUAAUCUUCAAACAAUGGCCAUUUAUGCUCGUCAAAUUCUUGAAGGAUUGAAAUAUUUACAUUCUCAAAAAAUUGUUCAUCGGGAUAUUAAAGGAGAAAAUGUUUUGGUUAACACCUAUUCUGGAUUGUGCAAAAUUUCUGAUUUUGGUACCUGCAAACGUCUUGCUGGUCUAAAUCCAGUGACUGACACGUUCAAGGGAACGUUGCAAUAUAUGGCUCCUGAAGUGAUUACUGGUGGUCAAAGGGGUUACGGACCAGCUGCUGAUAUUUGGAGUUUUGGUGCAACUCUAAUUGAAAUGGUUACUGGCAAGCCACCAUUCAUUGAAUUGGGCAUUCCUGAAGCUGCUGUCUUCAAAGUUGGUAUGCAUGGAAUGCAUCCACCAAUACCUGAACAUUUGGGGGAAUUGGCAACAAAUUUUAUUAAAAGGCAAAAAACAUCUUUAUCAAUUUUAGACUUAUUUUUUUAG